GGAAACAGACCUCAGUGAUCAGCGAUGGCUGCUGGUCGGCUUCCUGGUCUGAGCUGCUUCUUCACAUUCAGUGUUUUGGGGCUUCUGGGGGUCUGCUUCCCUCAUGAUGUGGAGGCCUCCAGAGAGGAAUCUGUCAUCCAUAAAAAUGUUGGAGAAACUGUGGAGUUUAAAUCAGGUUUACUGUCGACUGAAGGAGUCACACUGGCAGAGUGGAAAUAUGGAGGCGUCAGAAUUGCAUCAUACAAUGGGCCAGUGAAAGAAAACCAUCAGUUUGAGGACAGAAUACAAAUAAACCCUCAGAACUUUAGUUUAACAGUCAGAAAUCUGACUCCUCAAGACUCAGGGGAUUACCAUUUUGUCUCAGAGGUGAAUGACAUGCAAAGACCAACAAUCACGUUCACUCUACGAGUUCAUGAGCCCAUAAAGAAGCCUCUCCUGUCAAUCAAUGUGACUCGUGAUGCAUUGAAUCAAUCCUGCACAGUCUUCCUGGAGUGCAGUACAUCUGUUCAUGACGUCUCCUACAGCUGGACUGUGGGGAGUCAAAAAAAAUCUGGCUCCAAGCUGCAGCACGUCAUUCGACCUCAGGACGGAGAGAUCAGAUUCACCUGCACGAUCUCAGAUCAGUUCACUGAGGAAUCCUCGUCCAUAAACCAAACCUGCAGCAAUGACACUUUUACAGACAAACCAGGUACAUUCAGGUUCUGGGUAGAGGCUCUGGUGCACAGCAACCAGCAAACCAGAAUGAAACUCAACUUUAUUCCACUCUUCUUCAUGGUGAUGGUGCCGUCUACGAGUCUGUUCAAGGCUCUGGAAGAGGAGUCUGCUCUGUGUUCAGAGUAG